AUGAAGUUCUUCGCAGUCUUCGCAGUGUUUGUGCUCAGUUUGCUGGCUAUUGCCAACGCCAUCCCCAUGCCAGAUCCCGAUAAUAUAUAUAUAAACGGUAACUGCAUAAACUGCCAUAUCACUGUAGGCAGAAGUGAAGAAGAGUACGAUGAUGAUUGUUCCAGAUGGUGCUGCUGA